UUUCGCAUCAGUAUUCGGAUAUUCGCCAAGCCAUCAAACCAAAUCGCCAUGGCCUUCAAGUACUUCGCCGUCCUUGCUCUCGUUGCCGCCGUCAGCGCUGGUGUCCUGCCCGUCCAGCAGGUCUACCAUGGUGCCGCUCCAGCUGUCGCCUAUGCCCACGCCCCCGUGGCUGUGGCUCAUGCCCCAGUUGCUGUCGCCCAUCCCGUGCUGGCAAAGCACGACGAUGAAUACGAUCCCCAUCCCCAGUACAAGUUCGGCUAUGAUGUCCAGGACGCUCUCUCCGGUGACUCCAAGAGCCAGGUCGAGGAACGCGAUGGCGAUGUCGUUCGUGGCGAGUACUCGCUGAUCGAUGCCGAUGGCUUCAAGCGCACCGUCCAGUACACUUCAGACCCCGAGAAUGGCUUCAACGCUGUCGUCAACCGUGUGCCCGUCGAUCACGUGAUCAAGACUGUGGCCCCAGUGGCAGCCGUGCCUGUCUACCACCAUUAAGAGGAAGCAAUUCCUUAGCCAUUCGACAUUGUUUAAAGCCAUCUUCAUGUCCUUAAAU